AUGAACGAAGAUGUUGAUGGAAUGAUACUUCCAAUGAAGCCAAAAAUUGGAAAGGUCUUCUUGACCCUUUCGGAGCCUUAUAUUCUAGCAAACACAAAUAAGGUUGAUCUUCAUCAGCGUAUGGUUGGUGGGUAUGGAAGGGCAAAUAGUUGA